CUUCCGCCAGGGGGCAACGGUGGCCAGGCGAGCGGGCAGAAACGCGCGACGCGAGUCCGCGAUGUCGUCCCGGCCAGAACCCAGCGGCGCAGGGGUGGGGGGCGCGCGGCGGCCGCGGGAACCCGAGCAUGAUCUGCGGCGGCGCCGGGAGCAGAAACGGAGGCGGCGGGACCCGAAGCAGCUGCGGGAGCUGCGGCAUCUGGAGCACUUUUAUGAGAAGCCGCCUCCUGGGCUUAUCAAGGAAGAUGAGAGCAAGCCAGAAGACUGCAUUCCAGACAUGCCGGGCAAUGAGCACGUGGAGUUCCUGGCUCACGCGCCCACAAAAGGGCUCUGGAUGCCGCUGGGGAAGGAGGUCAAAGUGAUGCAGUGUGAGUGCAGCCGGUAUGGCCACCGGACAGGUGACAAAGAAUGCCCUUUCUUUAUCAAAGGCAACCAAAAGUUAGAACAGUUCAGAGUGGCACAUGAAGAUCCCACGUAUGACAUUAUUCGGGAAAAUAAAAGACAUGAGAAGGACAUGAGGAUCCAGCAGCUGAAACAGCUCCUGGCCGAUUCCACCUCAGAAGACGACGAGAGCAGCUCCGGGUCCUCAGAGUGUAGAGAGAAGCACAAGAGGAAGAAGAAGAAGGAGAAGCACAAGAAAAGGAAGAAGGAAAAGAAAAAGAAGAAGAAAAGGAAGCAGAAGUCUUCCAAGUCACAUGAGAGUUCAGACUCAGAGUGAGAGAGACACCAUGCUGAGCUCCUCAGAAACCCAGCAUUGUGGCCUGAAUGGAGGAAUCAUCAAGUCUGUGAGGACGCUCACCACUUCCUGAGAGGCGCUGUGCUGUUGGGGGGACUUGCUGGUCUCUCAGUGUACCCCAGGGAAAAAUGGUGGUAGGCAUGAAGAAGGAUGGACAAGAGCUGGGUCAGGUGGAGGCCUGUUUGCCUGAUUGGCAAGGACCCAAAGAACAAUAGUAGGGGAGUUUAUUUAUACUCUUGCAAAUAUAGUAUUGGGAGACACAAAGUUACCUAGUGACUGAUGACUGAAAUUGUUCAGGGAGGAUGUUUUUCUUAAGACUGAGGUAGUUUGACUGUUUUAGGCACUGAGGCCUUAUCCUGCCCACCCACGUAUGAUCAAUGUCCAGCUUCAGCCCCUCCCAUCACACUUCCCUGAUGUCACACAGGAGAGUUCUUGAGUGCCCAGGAGCCUGGAUCCCCUUUGCAGCCUCCAAGGGCAGUAGGACCAAGGACUCUGGGUGGCCAUAUGAGCCUGCUCUGGCUAAAAGUGGACUGGCUCAGUCCCAUGGCUUCAGGUUGGCCAUCUGUGUUGUUGAGGAUAAUAAAAGCUUGUGAUUUAGUUCUUUAACAUAAUCAUGUAUUUAUGAAAAGUCCAAGCACAUGAUCCAGAUGUAAAAGCUAAGGAUACCUUGAUCAUGAAAACUCACACUUCUUUCUCAAGAGCUACCAGUGUCAAGAGUAUGUGAUAAAAUCUUCCAGACUCAUGUCUCAGACAUGUAGUGCUUUUCACACAGCUGCUGUGCCUUCUAAGACUCAGCAAUGUGAAGCAACUGUCCUCACAUGGACCUCACACAAAACAUGCUGCUGGGUGACACCUGACCUGAGUCCAGGCUUUCCUGUUGUUACAAGCCUAUCUCCCUCUUUUUCUGUGGGACAGGCUGAUACAGUUGAGGCUCUAAUGUAUUUUUUUUCUGUAUUUUAGG